GACAGGAAGUGGUGAUGAUGCCUUACAGUCGUUGCAGCACUUCAUUUCACCACAGUCAGUUUGCAACAUAGUAUAUAUCACAUCACCUCUGUGUAUCUCUGGUGUUUUACUGACCUGCCCAGACCAUCACCUUCACAACACCAUGCUGGUUAAGAUCUGAAGUGCUGCAGAGGAAACCAGAAUUGAUCCGCCACAGAUCAUGUAGAUAACCUCAUUCACCGCUCUUACCUUGAGGAGCAGCAUACUUGGAGAAGGCAGCUUGUGUAAGGCCUAUUGAAGGUAAAUCGCCGCAUCUGUCCACUCAUCACUGAGGGGAGAAAAGGAAGCCAUUCACCCUUGACGCUUGAGGAAGGACAUCCGAGCUUCCCUCUCAUCAAGUUCUCUUUGUAUGAAAGAUGUCAACAGCCAGCGCUGAUAGUGUAGGAAGAGGAACCAAAGCGUCAAAGGAUCACAAAAAGCCCACAGCAGCUGCACUGAAAGGAGCCAUCCAGCUGGGCAUCGGUUACGCUGUUGGAAACCUCAGCUCUAAACCAGACAGAGAUGUUCUCAUGCAAGACUUCUCUGUGGUGGAGACCGUCUUCCUUCCCAGCGAGGGUAGCAACCUGACUCCAGCACAUCACUUUCCAGACUUUCGUCUGAAAACAUACGCCCCGCUGGCUUUCCGCUACUUCAGAGAGCUCUUUGGCAUCAAGCCGGACGACUAUCUGUACUCCAUGUGUAACGAGCCUCUGAUAGAGCUGACCAACCCCGGAGCCAGCAGUUCCUGGUUCUACCUCACCAGCGACGAUGAGUUCAUCAUCAAGACAGUGCAGCACAAGGAGGCCGAGUUCCUGCAAAAGCUGCUUCCUGGAUACUACAUGAAUUUGAACCAGAACCCAAGGACACUGCUGCCCAAGUUCUAUGGCCUUUACUGCAUCCAGUGCGGAGGCAUUACUGUCCGUGUGGUGGUGAUGAACAAUGUGCUGCCGCGAGCCAUGAAGAUGCACUACAAGUACGACCUGAAGGGUUCCUCGUACAAACGCCGUGCCUCCCGCAAAGAGCGUGCCAAAUCCUCGCCCACGUUCAAAGACCUGGACUUCCAGGAGAUGCACGAGGGCCUGCUCUUUGACCCGGACACCUACAAUGCCUUGAUGAAGACCCUACAGAGGGACUGUCGGGUCCUGGAAAGCUUCAAGAUCAUGGACUAUAGUCUCCUGCUAGGGAUUCACAUUUUGGAUAGGAAACCUCUGGAGAGAGGAAACAGAUGUGACAGCAGGAGAGGACAGAAAGUCCUUUACUCCACGGCCCUCGAGUCCAUCCAGGGGAAUGUGAGGGACCCGGAACCAGUGGCUGAGGAUGAUGACACACUGGGUGGAAUUCCAGCCAAACAUAAAGAUGAGAACCUGCUCAUCUUCCUCGGAAUUAUCGACAUCCUUCAGUCCUACAGGUUCAUCAAGAAGGUGGAACACUCCUGGAAGGCUCUUGUGCAUGACGGGGACACGGUAUCAGUUCACAGGCCCAGUUUUUACGCAGACCGAUUUCUGAAAUUCAUGGGCUCAACUGUGUUCAAGAAGCUUCACCCUCUACGGGGAACGUCGUCAAAGAGGAAGAGGACUUCCCUCCACACGGCAAAGUCGGUCUCGCAGGAGAUCCUUUCCCCGCAGAAGGAGAAGAAGGAAGAGAAGAAGGCCCAAAGCAUGGACAACCUGGACGGCAACUUUUACAGUUCCUCAAACCAGCCAGACCUCCUCCUCAGACCAGCUGUUACAUUUGAGUCCGUGGAAAAUGAUGAAGUGAACGUCGACAACAGUGAAGACCGACGAGCCUCUAGUUCAACCAUCGCUCUGGACGACCGUCUGGCGCCCAUCAGCAGAAGCCAUUCAGACACCGAUCUGGAUGUCUACUUGUGAGGAGAAAUGACUGAUGGAUCCUUUCUAGCCACCUGUUCAUCUGACCUUUUACCUCCAAGUCCCACAACAUCGAAACAACAAAACCACGCAACAGAAGAAACUUGAAAGAAACUGCAGCAAUAAGCUCAGAUCAGUUUCUCCCUUUUGAGCAUCACUCUGUGCCACUUUUAUUUGUGAGUCCAAAUCACUGGAAAUUAUUAUUAUUAUUACCUGAUUAUCAGAGAAAACAUGGAUUAAGAUCACUGGACCACUGUGUUGAUAUACAGUAAAACACUAUGAUGCUGCUUAUUCUCCAGUUAUAGCCACUUUGCUGCUAGUGAAUGUUUGACUUUCAGUACGUCGUCUUCUCUUUGCUUUGUAAUAUUCUGUAACGGUUCAAAUCUUUCAGCGGGCUGGAUCCCUGACAAAUAAAACUGUCUUACUAGCAGAAGGAUUAUUAAUUAUUUGCUGUUUAUCAAAUCAAGUAUUCAUAUAGAUUCAUGAUCAAUGAUCGUUCUGGUUUCAGCCGUGCAGUAUGAAUAGGAAAUGUAGAUUUGGCUUUGGCUGCUGUGCUUUAUUUUAAACAUAUGAAAGGUUUGCCAAAACUAUUUUGUUAUAACAAUACAUUUCCUUGUUAUUACUACAGUACAUCCCAACAUUGAACUAUAUUUUUCUUGUGACGCAACACAUGACUUUAGAUUUAAUAACAUGAAUUACUGUUACAAACUGUCCUCUUCCUCGGAGGGAAAAAAGUGUCUAUAUUGUGUAUCAUAUCUACUGUCUUCUUUGAGUGCAUACGUCUUAAAACAUUUUAUAAUAAUCAGUGCUGUUAUGUGAUUUAUAGGCCUACGAUUGUAUCAUAGCAAUAUUUUGAACUUAAAUUUGUGAAAUAAAUUAAUAUUUAAUGCCCUUGCA